AUGUUCUGUAGAUUGAUCGUUGCGGGAUUUGUUUUGCAAUUGGCUUGGGCAGCGCCGGAGGCAGAGACGUGCACGGAGGCAGGGGAAGGCCAAGCAGGAAAGUGCUUGACAAGCAAAUGCGACGUGUGGAUCAACGGCAAGAAGUAUUGCUCGCAGUGCGCUAAGACUGACGAGUACCUCGUUGAUGGAGGGUGUAAGGCAGAGGCAGGCGCCAGUGGAUGCCAGCUCAAAGCCCGAGCAGCUGACGGAACGUGCACCCAAUGCGCUCAAGGAUACUUCCUCCAUAAGAACGGAUGCUAUGCAAUUGGCGGGGACGUUGGACGCUUUAUUUGCGCUGAUGCCGCAGCUGCUAGUCGUGUGUCAUCAACAACUCCUGGCGUUUGUGAGGGUUGCGUAGUUGGCUAUUUUAAAAACCCAAGUGCAGCUAACAAUAAGGACUCUUGUAUUGCAUGCAAUGAUGCAACUGGAGUUGGAGGCAAGAAAGGCUUGGAGGGCUGUGCGACAUGUGAUCCUCCUAGCUCAGAUGUUGCUAUAUGCAAAACGUGUCUAGAGGGAUUUUUCGGUACAAAUCUUGGUAAUGCUGGAAGUACGUGUACAGCGUGUACUGAUAGGGAUAACUGUGCUAAAUGCGAUGGUGGAGCAGGAAAAUGCACGAAGUGCAAGGCAACCGCUAACAAGCCAUAUCUAAAAAAGGGCGAAACCGAGGACUCUAAUACAUGUAUUGAUAAAAGUGGAUGUAAUGAUAACUCCCACUUCACUGAUGAUGCUGACGAUCCUACUAAUGGAAAAAUGUGUAAGAAAUGCUCAGAAGGGAUAGCAGACUGCAAAACGUGUGCUCUGAAGGAUAAUCCUGAAGGUACAAUUCUCAUCACGUGCUCUGCUUGUAUAGCAGGUACUAAUCAACCCAACGCCGACGGAACGAAGUGUGUACUAUGUGAUAUACAGGAUUGUAUAAAGUGUAAUGAAGAGAAUAUGUGUGAAGAGUGUACUGGAGGUAAAAGCCUAAACCCCUUAAAGAACAUGUGUAUGGAGGGCUGUCCUGCAGGAACUCGUGAUGUCAGCGGGAUAUGUACUAAUUGCCAUAAUUCUUGUGCAGAAUGUGAUGGUGAUAGUGAAGCCUCCUGUACAGCUUGUUAUCCUGGGCUUGUAUUGAGUAAAAGCAAUACUGGAGCCACCGGCACAUGCAUCCCAGAGUGCACGGGAAGGUACGCAGAGAACUGCGAGGCUGGCCAGUGCACGGCCGUCGUUGGGGGCUCGAAGUACUGCAGCAAGUGCAAGGCCGGAUACGUCCCAGUGGACGGCGUCUGUGUGUCGACAACGACAAGGGCAGUAACUGGAUGCACGCCAAAUGAUAACAAUGAUGGAACAUGCAAAGCGUGUACAACCACAUACUUCUUGCAAUCUGGCGGAUGCUAUCAGUCGGCUGCAUACCCAGGCAGCAACCUAUGUAGCAAUGCUCAGAAUGGAAAAUGUACGAAUUGUGCUAAUGGACAACAACCAGAAGCUAGCACUGGAUCUUGUCCAGCAUGUGCAUCUGGUUGUAAAACAUGUGAGGUAGCAAACAAGGAGGCAUGCAAAACGUGCCUUCCGGGAUACUAUCUUGCCGGAGCAAAAUGUGUGAAGUGCGACACCAAUGAUCCCAAUGAUGGUAGCCAUAUUGUUGGUGUCCCAAAUUGUAUAAGCUGUGCCCCUCCAACUGGUAAUAGUGGUCCUGUCACCUGCUACGUCAAGACAGAUGGCACUAACGAUGGUGGUAACGAUAACAACGCCGGUGGUAGUACAAACAAGAGUGGUCUCUCCACUGGGGCCAUAGCCGGCAUCUCUGUUGCUGUCAUCGUCGUCGUCGGAGGCCUCGUGGGCUUCCUUUGCUGGUGGUUCAUCUGCCGCGGGAAGGCGUAA